GAUGAAAAAUGUUGGGGUAACGUUAUUCAUGAUGACGAUUAUUUCGUCAUGAAAGCAUUCCAAACUUUCUUCAGUUUUUAUAAUUAUCGACAACAAAAGGGUUUGAAAGAAUUCAAUCCUUUUGGAAAGGAAAACGGAUUAUCGUUUACAAAAAUUUGGAGAUAA